CAGCAGUGCAGAGGGCUCGGUUCAGCUGGUGGCACAGUCUCGGCGCUUCCUGACGGCCGGAGAGCGAGGCAAGCCCCAGCAGCAGGUGACAGCCGUCGUUUGGCAGCCGUAAGGGGAGCGGCUGCGGGGAGGAGCCCUGGGGCUCCCUGGGGCGCUGCCCUCGGGCACCCCGGGCCGAUGGCGGCGGGUCAAGGCCGGGUGAGCCCCGGGAGGGUUCCCGGCCACGGGGACCCGCUCCCCGCCCCGCCACCUGCGCGGCGCCGCCCCGCACACCCAGGGCCAGGCGGGGCCCCGCCGCCGCCCUUAAAGCCCGGCCGCCCCCGGCGACUUCCUUCCCUCUUUCCCUGCCUUCCUCCUGACUUUCAGCCCCAAGCGCUCCGGCGAGACCGCGCCGCCGACAUGGGUGGAAAAACUAUUGGCAAGUCGGUGCUCUGCCUUGGCUUCCCUUUGAGCAUCUUCUUCAUCGUCAUCAAUGAGUUCUGUGAGCGGUUCUCCUACUAUGGCAUGAAAGCUGUGCUUACUUUGUAUUUCACACGUUUCCUGCACUGGGAUAACAAUUUUGCCACUGCCAUCUACCACACCUUUGUUGCUCUGUGUUACUUGACGCCGAUCCUUGGAGCAAUCAUUGCAGACUCCUGGCUGGGAAAGUUUAGGACCAUUCUCUACCUGUCCAUUAUCUAUGCGAUUGGGCAGACAGUGCUGUCUGUGGGCUCCAUAAAUGACCUGACAGAUCACAACCAGGAUGGCUCUCCUGAUAAGAUAGCAGUGAACAUUGCUCUGUCCAUGGUUGGCUUGGUCCUUAUUGCCCUUGGUACUGGGGGGAUCAAACCUUGUGUGUCAGCAUUUGGUGGAGAUCAGUUUGAAGAUGAUCAGGAAAAGCAAAGAAGUACCUUCUUUUCCCUUUUCUAUUUGUCCAUUAAUGCUGGAAGUCUCUUAUCUACUCUCAUCACUCCAACUCUCAGAGCUACGGAGUGUGGAAUUCAUACCAAACAGGAAUGUUACCCACUUGCUUUUGGAGUUCCUGCGAUCCUCAUGGCUGUUGCCUUGGUUGUGUUCGUAAUUGGAAGCAAAAUGUACAAGAAAGUUAAACCACAAGGAAAUGUAAUGCUUGAAGUUUCCAAAUGUGUUGGAUUUGCCAUCAAAAACAGGUUUCGUCAUCGCAGCAAAGAGUUCCCCAAGAGAGAGCACUGGUUGGACUGGGCAAGUGAGAAGUAUGAUAAACGACUGAUUGCUCAGACAAAGAUGGUGUUGAGAGUGCUUUUCCUUUACAUCCCCCUCCCCAUGUUCUGGGCAGUUUUUGACCAGCAGGGGUCAAGAUGGACACUGCAAGCCACAGCAAUGAAUGGGAAUUUUGGUUUUCAUGUUCAACCAGACCAAAUGCAGAUUGUGAAUCCAAUCCUGAUUGUUCUAAUGGUCCCGAUUGUAGAUUCUUUGCUUUAUCCUUUAAUCAAGAAAUGCAAGCUGAAUUUUACGCCCCUGAAAAGGAUGACUGUGGGGAUGUUCCUGGGCUCUAUGGCUUUUGUUGCUGCUGCCCUUGUGCAAGUGCAAAUAGAUAAAACCUAUCCAGUUUUCCCUGCAGCUGGGCAAUCUCAAAUCCAAUUAAUAAAUCUGGGUAGUGUUCCUAUAACAGUUCAGUUCCAGCCUCAACUUCAGAGUGUGGAUAUACAACCUAAGGAGACGACUGGCUACAUGACAUUUGAGACUUCUAAGCUGCAAUCAGUAGAGAUAAUUACUCCAACUCGAAAUGAAUCGGUGCCUUUGAGGCUGCUAAAGGGAGAACGUUAUACUUUGCCAUUAAAAUGGACUCCACUAGGCAUCUAUUUUGAUUUGAUACAGGACAACAUCACAUCAAAACCAACAAGCGGAAAAAGUGUCGUCAGGUUCAUAAACAAUCUCCCUUAUACUGUCAAUGUUACUAUGGGUGACAUGACUUUUGGACUAGUGGAUCCUUUUUCUGUCACUAAUUACACUGAUGUUCCAAAACCAGACUGGGUAUAUAUCAUUAGUGCUUCAUUGCCUCUGAACUAUUGUGGAGUUGUUUCAAAGAGAUUUGGAUAUGGCGGUGCCUAUACCAUUUCAAUUGAUAGUUGUGUUCAACAUGAACUUUACAUAAAAUACUUUGAAGACAUGGCACCAAAUACAGUCCAUAUGGCUUGGCAGAUCCCUCAGUAUUUUCUUCUUACAUGUGCAGAAGUACUGUUCUCUGUCACUGGGCUGGAGUUUUCAUACUCACAGGCCCCGUCUAACAUGAAGGCAGUGCUGCAGGCAGGAUGGCUGCUAACUGUGGCUGUUGGUAACAUAAUUGUCAUUAUUGUGGCUGGGGUAUCCACAAUCAAAAAGCAGUGGGCUGAGUAUGUGCUGUUUGCUGCCCUGCUGUUGGUAGUUUGCAUCAUUUUUGCUAUCAUGGCUUCUUUUUAUACCUAUAUUGAUCCAAAUGAGAUUGAAGCCCAGUUCAGCAAGGAAGAAAAGGAAGAAGACAAGAAGGAUCACUAUGACAAUGAAAAGGAAGCUGAAGCAGAUUCUCGAAUGUAAAAGCUGUAUUCAAGAAGUGUCUUUCAAUUAUGGAAAUCCCAUUCACUCUGCUGCAGUCAGAGGAAUCAGGGUAUCAGUAAUGACAUCUCUGGAUUACAUAUCUGGUGGGAGACAUUAAGCAAAACUGUUUUAAGUUAAAGUGCAGCCUCUCUAGGGAAGCAAUAGAAAAAUAGUCUCUCUCUUGUACUGAAUGUGGUAUCCUGAAGAAACUCCAGCACGAUUUGCACUCAACGUACCUCAUUCUUAAAUAUUAUAGCAUUAAAAUAUUGAAAUUAGACUUGGAACUACUGAACCCUUUGAAAAGAUGUAUUUUUAUACUGUAUUUCAAUUUUCUAUUGUGAAAGAAACAAGACUUGCAAGAAACAGCAAUUGAAGCCAAGCUCUCUGCACGAUCUCUCUAGCAUCACUGUUACUUGAAAACAGCAGGUCACAUGUACCUUAAAUUCUUUUGUACUUCCUUAUAGAUAAUGGGAGCAAAGCUCUGGCAGUGAUCAGAUUAAAAUGUUAUCUGUGUUCCAAGUAACUUGGAUGUGCACUGUAAUGUAAUGCUUUAUCUGCCUGUUAAACUACCCAUUUAACUCCUGUUAUGUCUUUAAUUGAAAUUAGAAGUGUCUACUCAGGUAAACUGAUAACAGCAAAUGACCUUUGGAACAAGCAAAAGCAAUAAUACCUGUGUUGUAACAAAAUAAGGAAAGUGUUUUAAGAAUAUGGCUUACAGCUACAUCUCUGUGCUGCCUUUAUCUGCACACUCCCUUACUUAAAGCUAACAGAUCAGGGCUGGUCUUUUCUAUCUUAAUAUACCAUAACACUUACCAAAUUUAUACUGGGGGAGACUAAAUUUUGCUGCUUAACAGGACCUGCUCCUGUAGUCCUGUGCUCCAUGUUAUGGAUGCCAAUGGUCUGCAUGUUGUUUUGGUAAUUCUCAUUCUUUAGAGUCUGCAUCCUACACAUUUUCCAGCAGCUUGGACUCACUGGCCCCUUCAGUAGCUUUGCCAGACUUUCAGCUGCUUUCAUACCUGUCUUCCAAUACUCUUAUCCUAUUUCAUAGCAAUUCCAUUUUGGUAUUUGCAAGUGAUGACACAGACAUCCAUAUUCAAGCACUGGGUGUUCUGCUUGCACUGUGGGUGCGUGGGCCCCCGUUCUCCCUGUUCCCACUGGAGCUGCUGGCACCUAGGCCUCCAUAUUCACUGAGAAUAGAGUCCCUCACCCAUGAAGACAGUUUCAAAUGGAGCUUGAAAUGGCAAGUCCAAGGUGCUCUUUGCUUGUGUUAGAACAGUCCUGUUACCCCAUAGGCAGUAAUCCCCUCUUGCUCUCUCAGGUCAUCUGGGGAGAGCCUUUCCCAUGGAUAUGUGAUACUGCAUGUCCCCAAGCCAAUGGACCUGAGGGUCUACUGUAACAGCCACACGAGCAACUGGCUCCCUGCCAUCCUCUGAGGAGUUAAGGGAAUUUUAUACCAGCUUUAUUUAGGGCAGACUAGCCAGCUUUUCUUCUGCCAUGCAAAUUAAGCAAAAUAAAUUAUCUCCUAACUGUAUCCAGUAGAAUAGCAUCUUCUGGCUACUACUUUGUCCAUGCCAGGUGAAAGGUUUAUUUACCAUUUUAACAUUACCUUUUAUUCCCUUUGGAAUACAGGUCAGGUGUCUAGUUUUCAUACAAUAAGGUGCUGUCUCUUGGUGCUUAAGCAAACCCACUAACUUGUCUACAACAUGAUGGAUGAGGUUUAUGUUUAGAAAGCAAAUAAUACUGUAAAAUUAGAUAGGGAACCUUCCUGACGAGGUGAACACUACCUGUAAGGUAGAACGGAGACAGUUGUGUGUGACAAGAUUUUAAUCUCAUUUUCAACAGGGAUUUAAGUACUUGAAGUUAAAAUAUCCAUAUGCCUGCGUGGAUAGCUCUGGUCAGCAUUGCUGUAACUGUGUCCAGAAGCCAUGUGCAGGGAAUUGGUCUUGGGCUGAAAUUGAUUGUUUUUAGUUCCUUAGUUUCAAGCAUUUAAGAGGUACAGUUAACCUCUAAAUGUGACAGUGUUUAGUUUAGCAUGCUGCUGUCUAGGCUAUCAGACUUGCUGAGAGGGUCUUUUGAAUAUAAUUUUCUGUUAUAGAGAAGACAGCCUGAAAUGAAUCAAAUUAACAGUUGAUCAUUCUAAACUAACAAUAUGCAGGAAUAAUGAAUUAUGAAACCCUGUUCUAGCAAUCCAAUCUGCACUCAUGCUUGGCCAGGUAGAUACAGGAAUGUGUAUGUCUGUAUGCGUAAUAAUAUUACAAAUAUACUGUAAAGCUUCCAUGUUUUUUCCAUAUCCCCCCUUAGCUCAGCCUAAUGACACUUGACUUAAAAUAGUUUGUCAUAUUCUCUGAACUACAUGCAUCCAUCCUCUGCCAUUUGCUGUUCUUAAAAAUUGGCUUAUUAGCAGCAUAAUCCUUGGAAAAAGUUAUCUGUAGUUAUAGACAAAGUUGUUGGGUUUUUAAAAAUUUCCUGGAAGCAAUUGCAAGCCACCUAUACCUACUCCACAACUUGCUUUUAGCUCUUUCUUUCACAGCUUGAUGUAGUACUUUAGCAUAAUAUUCACUGACCAUUGUGCAGAGAUUACAAUACUGGUAAUAAAACAACUUGGUCUUGGAGAAAUGUGAAAGGGAGACAAAUUAGCAAAGGGGAAGUAACAAGUAAAAUCAUCCUCCUCCACCAGGAAGAGGUUCAGGAAAAUCAAAGAUGCCUCAUUUCCCCCUAAUUUAAUAAAUGCUCUUCUUCUUACAGCCACCAUUGCAAGAUAGAAUUUUGUGUAAUUUAGCCCAGCACAAGGGUAACAUGAGAGCUGUAAUUCAGUGGGUUCUCAAAUGUUGCUGUUAAAUGUUAUCCCUUUCCCAUGCUCGUUCCUAGUCCUGAGUCAAUGCUCUGCAUAAACCACCUUAACCCCAGAGGUGGGCUUUAGUCCACAUCCCAGGGAGUGUAACAGCUGCUCUGACUGCUCCUCACCCUCCCAGGGGGGAGAGACAGGACAGGAAGAUGAGCAAAAGAGGACCUGUGCUUUUCACACAGUAGCUGUGUGUUUACAUGAAUGAUAGAAUCAUUAAGGUUGGAAAAGACCUGAGAGAUCAUCAAGUCCAACCUUUGACCUAACACCACCCUGCCCACUGAACUAUAUUGUGAAGUGCCACAUUCAACCAUUUUGUGAAUGCUUCCAGGGAUGGUGAUUCCACCACCUCCCUGGGUGCCCAUUCUAAUGCUUAACCACUCUUUCAGUGAAGAAAUUUCUCCUCACAUCCAAUGUCAACCUCCCCUGGCACAACCUGAGGUGCUUUCCUCUCAUCCUAUCACUGGUUGCCUAUCACUGGAACAGACUAAUCCCCACCUGGUUGCACUGUCCUUUCAGGCAGUUGUAAAGAGUAAUGAGGGUGAUAAGGUCUCCCCAGAGCUUCCUUUUCUCCAGGCUAAACCACUCCAGCUCCCUGAGCUGCUCCUUAUAGGACUUGUGCUCUAGACCCUUCCUCAGUUCCAUUGUCCUUCUCUGGACUCGCUCCAGCACCUCAAAGACCUUCUUGUAAUGUGGGACCCAAACCUGAGCACAAGACUUGAGCUGUGGCCUCACCAGUGCUGAGUACAGCAGGGCAAUCACUGCUUUGGUCCUGCUGGCCACACUGUUCCUGAUGCAAUAAGCAACAAGCCAGGAUGCCCCUGGUCUUCUUGGCCACCUGGGCUUGCUGCUGGCUCCUGUUCAGCUGGCUGUUGAGCAGCACCCCGAGGUACCUUUCUGCCAGGAAGUUUUCCAUCCACCUGCCUCCAGCCUGUAGCGCUACAGUAGUUGUGCCCCAAAGGCAAGACCCAGCACUUGGUCUUUUUGAGCCUCAUACCAUUGGCCACUGCCUAUGGAUCCCUGAUAUCCAGAUCCCUCUGCAGAGCCUUCCUACCCUACAGCAGAUCAAGACUCCCAUCCAGCUUGGUGUCCUUUGCAAACUGAUGGCGGGAGAAUUUGAUCCCCUUGUCCAGGUCAUCAAUAAAGAUAUUAAGCAGGACUGUUCCCAAUACUGAGCCCUGGGGACCACCACUGGAUGUAAUUCCAUCCACUACCACUCCUGACAGUUUUUUACCCUGCAAAAGAGUGCAUCUGUCCAAGCCACCUGUCCCAGCUUUUCCAGCAGAAUUCUGUGGGAGACAGUGUCAGAGGCUUUACUAAAUUCCAGGUAGAUAACACACCCAGCCUUUCCUUCAUCCACUGAGUGGGUCACCUUGUCACAGAAGGAAAGCAGGUUGGUCAAGCAGGACCUGCCUUUCCUAAACCUCUGCUGGCUGGGCCUGAUCCCUUGCACGUGCCAUGUGAUCACACUCAAGCUAAUCUGGUCCAUAACCUUCCUUGGGCACUGAAGCCAGGCUGACAGGCUGCUUGAAUCAUCCUCCUGACCUUUCUUGCCGAUGGGUGUCACACUGGCUAGCCAGCAACUACUUCCUAAUUAUUGCACAUGCUAAUCAGACAGGUUUGCCUUUGCUGGCAGAUGUACUGAGACAAAAGAUCUGGUUUUCCCUUCAAUGCCAAAAUGGUCAUAAGGCCUUCUGAAACACUCAUAAGGAGAAUGUCUGCAGUGACAGUAGGUCUGUCUCUGUAACACUACUGCUGUAUUUUGGGGGUGAGGGGGAGUUUAAAUUUAAAACUGUGGAAGAUGCAUAACUAAAUACAAUAAUGACUAAAGAUUAUGCAAAAGCUAGACACAAAAUAUUGAGGCACUGUCACAGCACUCAUUCUCAAACUGCUGUUGCAAUCCCUCAUUUGGCCUGCUGCUGCUGUAAGUGGCAAAUAAAACUCUCUUGAGGAUAAGAUGAAAUUUCAGCUGUCUUCUCAUAUGAAAUUGUGUUUAUCAUCCUCAUGUGAGAUUCAGAGGACUGCAAUGUACGUUCCUGUCUGAGCUUCUUUCCAUCUUAGCCCAUAAAGGGCUUUUGUAAAAUUGUAAGUUGAACAUAGUCUUUUCCCAGCUGGGAAAAAUACUUUAUUUAAGCCUUGCAAAUAAAAUUUAAAAAAAAAAAAAAAAAAAAAAAAAAAAAAAAAAAAAUCGCUUCUCCCAGAGUCAUACCAUCCUCCAUUGAUAGUGAAAACAGGAAAUGUUUUCUACCUAGAUGGGAGUUCUAUUUCCUAAAGGUCUUAUUGUACAAAAAAAUAUUUCAAGUAAAGGUUAAUUCAAUUUUUUCAGCUCCUUCAGGCUGGUACUUUAGUUCAACAGAGUGCCUGAGGCUAGUUCUGUAACUACCUACGUGAAUUCAUGAUAUUGAAUGCAUUUUUACUGAAAUCUGAUCCCAAAUAUGGGAGGGUAGGACUAGAACACUGCUAGUCAAGUGUACUCAAGUUAGAGCCACGGAUGUCCCAGGGUGGCAGGGACAGCCAGGUGGGCUGGCUGAGUGCUGAAACUGGAAGGGGAGAUUUUGUUUAAGAAACUGAGCAUGGAAAUUAGGAAGAGCGGCAAGAGAGAACCUCUAGAUUCUGUUUUUUUUUUUUCCCCUUGCUGUCUUGCAGGGAGCAGGAAUAUGAGAUUAAUGGCCAUUAUAUCCUCUGUUGUAGCACAGCAAGAUGUUACUGCUACAGACCAUCUCCUCUCCCUGUUUUGGACCAGGCUGCGAUCACUCACCAACACAUUUCUGACUGGGUUACAGAAACCCAGGCUGGGGUUUGGCAUCUUUUGGUUGGUUGGUUUUCAGUUUUAGGUGUUUAUUUCAUGCAUUCUUUGCAAGUAUGACUCAUGACUUCUCCACGACAGCUUCAGAGCAGGGGGCUGCUCCAGCACCCACAGCACACAGGUGAUGAACUCGGCUCCCUCCCUGACUUGCUGCCACCCCUGUCAUAGGGGGCAGAUCCAAGAUGCUGGUCUGUGCCACCUAUUUCCAGCUCAGGGAGCUUGGCAGAACCAGGAGGAAUUAGAGAAGCACUGAGCCAUUUCCCAUCUGCCUUGAGGCAGCUUGUGGAACAGGAAGGAUUUAUUUGCUUUGCCCGGAUUGGGCUUUUUGCAGUGAAGCGCCCGGCUGUGCCUACAGACUUUAGGUAACAUUGGUAGCUGUAAAAUACACGACAUUU